AUGAAUGAGAAAGGAGAAAAGGCUGUCAACAGAGAAGAUGAUGAGCAUGGAAGUGCAGAAUGUCAAUCCCAUUCACAUCCCACUGAAAAUAAGGUUGGAGUGUUACCACUGAAUCUUGGAGGAUCAGAGACAGUCCACGAAGUUCAGCCAUUUUUGUUUAAUUUAUUUGCAGAUCUGGCACAUGCUCUUAGAAUUGCCCUGGAAGCAAAGAACUUACCUGUCAACAUCUAUGUUGGAAUGAGGUAUUGGUACCUGUUUACAGAGGAGAUUAAGAGAGACAAAAUUACAAGGCUGGUUGUGCAGCCACUUUAUCUGCAGUUCUCUAUCUCUACAGUUGGGUUAAGCAUCCUUGUUCUUGAGAAAAUAUUUAGGGAAGAUGCAUAUCUAUCUAAGAUGCCUGUUUCUAUCAUAAGGUCCUGGUAUCACCGAGAAGGUUACAUCAAGUCUAUGGCUGCCUUGAUUCAGAAAGAGUUGGGGAAAUUCUUAAAUCCUGAGGAGGUAAUGAUCUUCUUUAGUGGCCAUGGAGUACCAGUUAGUUUUGCCGUGAAUGCUGGUGAUAUUUACAGAGACCAGAUGGAGGAGUGUAUCUACCUAACCGUGCAGAACCUGAAAAGGCGAGGAGUUGCAAUGAUCAUACUCUGGUAUACCAGGUUUUACUUUAAAAGAAAUCCAACUGUUCAAGUAGGGCCGAUACAAUGGGUGAAGCCCUACACUGAUGAAGUUCUUGAUGAGCUCAGUCAGAAAGGAGUUAUGAGUCUUCUGGCAGUUCCAGUCAGCCUUGUGAGUCAGCAGGUAUAAACACUGGGAGAGAUUGGUAUGGAGUGAUGGGAGUUGGCUCUUGAAUCUGGCAUUCAAAACUGGGGGCAUGUACCUGCCCUCAACUGCACACCUUCCUUCAUCAUGGUCUGGCAGAUGCUGCACUAGAAGCCUUACAUAUAGCAAUUGCUAUAUCUUCCUCAAGGAACAACUCCAAUGAAGACAACAAGGGCUUUGUGAGAUCUCAUUUGAGAAUUCAUGACGAUGCCACUGUCUUGAGAUAGUGUGAUAAUUUGACCAAACAUCUGUGUUGAGAAUGCUGGUGAUCCAUGCAAAGACCAGAUAGAAUGCAGAAAUUGGAAAGCUGAUGAUUUGGCAACGAUCAUACUCUGGCAUACCAGGUUGGGCACUAUAAUGUUUGGUUGCUUAAUUCCUGCACUGAUGAAGCUCUACUUGGGCUAGGCCAAAAUGGUGUCAUGAGUCUUCUGGCAUUUUCAGUCUGCUCUGUGAGUGAAUGCAUAAAAGCCCCUGAAGGGAUUUACAUGGAGUACAGGGAGUUAGCUCUUGAAUGUGGCAAUCAAAAGUGGGGAUGUUUUCCUGCCCUCAACCGCAUGUGUUCUGUCAUCACAGAUCUGGCAGAUGUGAUACUAGAAGUAUUGCCUUCAGCAACCGCUAUAUCUUCCCCAAGGAACAUCUCCAAUGAAGACAACAGUACUUUGUGAGACAUGAUAUCAAAAUGUUCUUCAGUUCUAUCUUAGCAUUCAUUUUGUUGUUGUCGCCAAAAAUGAUACUUGCAUUCAAGAAUAAUGUUUUUUGAAAGCGAUUAAGAGUAGUAUCAUACAAGAUUUUCAAAAAAUGUUGAAGAACAGCUGAGUUUCAUGUGAACCGAUGAUUUCAGCAUAUAAAGUUUCAAACGUGGUAAUGUAGCUUGAUCAAAAUAGCAACGACACAGGACUUGAGAUAGGGAUGGUCAAGCUCAAAGCCCUUAGGGUAGCGGCAAACAGCUCCAUUAGAUCUAUCUCAAGCCAUGCAUACCUCAGAAUUUGUGUCUGGUGUUGAGGUGUUAAGCUGUGAAAGAGAGGAUUUUGGUGAUGGUGGUUUGUGCUAUGAUCCCAUGUAUAAAGUGUGAGACUCAGAUCCCCUAUCGAAAUGUAUAAACUUCUAGUAUAAGACUUAUAUAGUUUUCGGUUUUCUAGUCUCAAUAGUUAGUUUUUAUGUAUAUUUCUUUCAAAGUUUGUACCAAUUUGCUAUUGCAAUGAUAGGAAUGGGUUAUGCUACUUUA